GACAUUUUCCAGCUAUCCACCCGCAGGCAGACUGUACACAAAUCGGACUUCUGAUCCAAAUCCAAUGCCAUUCAAUGCUCGCCUGCUAUCGUUGAAAGUUUAAACAAAUCGAUCAGAUCAGCGCACGAAAACUACGUCACCAUGGGCAAUAAAUCGUCGCUUUUCCUGCGGAACGAGGAGAUCGCGCAAAUCCAGGAGGAGACUGGCUUCACCCCCAAUCAAAUUGAGCGACUGUACUCGCGCUUCACCUCGCUGGAUCGCAACGAUUGCGGAACUUUGUCCCGGGAGGAUCUGAUGCGUAUACCGGAGCUCGCCAUCAACCCGCUGUGCGAGAGAAUAGUGCAUUCCUUCUUUGCCGAGAGCAACGACGACCGGGUGAACUUCCGGCAGUUCAUGAACGUCCUGGCCCACUUCCGUCCGCUGAGGGAUAACAAGCAGAGCAAGCUGAACAGCCGCGAGGAGAAGCUGAAGUUCGCGUUCAAAAUGUACGAUCUGGACGACGAUGGCGUGAUCAGCCGGGACGAGUUGCUGUCCAUCCUGCACAUGAUGGUGGGCGCGAACAUCAGCCAGGACCAGCUGGCGAGCAUUGCGGAACGCACGAUCCUGGAAGCGGAUCUGUGCUGCCAGGGCAAGAUCUCGUUCGAGGACUUCUGCAAGGCUUUGGACCGCACCGACGUGGACCAAAAGAUGUCCAUACGGUUUCUCAACUAGGGUGGAUUUAGGGAUCACGAAGAAAGAGCGAGCUUCUUAGUCAGUGUGUACCAAAUAAUUUAGGGCGGAGUCGGUCGAGAGGCAU